AAUCACGAAUAUGUCAACAAAAGUUCCGUGGUUUUUAUUUUCAGCGGAACUGAUUUGUUUGUCAAUUUAGUCAUGUAGCAAACGUACGAUUUUUCCACUUGCCCGAACGUAUUGUGCGUCUCUUUCAAAAUGACGAAAAUUUUUUUGUAUGCUACAGUUUAUCUCUUUAUAUAUUUAUUAAAAUCUAGUGAAGCUAAAGAAGACACCAAACUCCUUUUCGUUCAGAUUCUAUUCAGGCAUGGUGACCGUGCUCCUAUUAAUUUGUAUCCAAAUGAUCCUAACCCAGAAAGCUUCUGGCUAGAAGGAUUGGGCAAAUUAACUAUGCUUGGAAGGAAGCAACACUAUGCUGUAGGAAAAUUUUUUAGGCUUCUGUAUGAAAAUUUUACUACAUCAAGUCCUCUCGAGAUAGAUGUGAUAAGUUCAGCCAAUGAUCGAUGUAUAAAAAGUGCUGAAACGAACCUUGCUUCUUUCUAUGCUCCUAGUUCAAAAUGGCAAUUUGAUAAACAUCUAAAAUGGCAACCAAUUUCCAUUUCAUACAUUCCAAAAUCUGAAGAUAAAUAUCUUGAAACUGAGAGUUACUGUCCCAGAGCUUCAGUAGAAGAAGAAAAUGUGGUCAAUUCACCUGGUGGUCAAGCAUUUAUAGCCAAGCACAAGGAAAUGUUUGAAAAUUUGACAUACUAUAGUGGCACUUCUAUUACAGAUUGGUUGAGUGCAUCAUAUUUCCAUGAUACAAUAUUUAUUGAGAAAAAAUACAAUCUUACUGUUCCAUCCUGGGUUGAGCCAUUUUGGGAUGAGCUAGAAACAGUUGCUGAUCUUUCUUUUUUCUGGACUUUUAAUUCACCUUUACUCCAUCGACUUCGUGCUGGUCCUUUGCUUCAAAAAAUAAUUGAAAAAAUGAAUUUGAAGUUAUCUGGUGAUAUCCCAGAUCAGAAAGUGCAAAUUUAUUCUGCUCAUGAUACCAAUAUUGCUGUGGUUCUAGCAGCCCUAAAUCUUUUCAAUAUGAAGCAACCACCAUAUUGUUCAUCUCUUUUAUUUGAACUUUAUGAGAAGAAUGGAAAGAAUGUUAUUCGUCUACUUUACUUAAAUUCCACCAAUCCUGAGAAGGAAAUGCAAACUCCACAUGUGCUGAAAAUUGAAGGAUGUUCUGAAUUUUGUCCUCUUGAUUAUUUUAUAAGCUAUACCAAAAACUUAAUCCCUGGAGACUGGGAACAAGAAUGUGAGUUAGAUAAAUCUUUCAUUGAAAAAGUGAAAGAAAAAAAUAUAACCAUAGCUCUAUUUGUUGCUAUGAUAGGUGUUACCAUUAUUGUGAUGACUGUUUAUGCAGUAUGGAGGUUUCAUAUUCGUAAAGAUAAGUAUUCCUAUCACCUCAUGCCAAUGAGUUGAACUAAGUGAAACUGUAAGUCUGUGAUAUUCCAGAAAGAAAAGAAAUUUGUUCUGUUUCAUUUACAUUUUCAGUUUUUUCUGAAGUAAAAAGGAAUGUGUUAACACAUUCAGUUAAGAACAAGAUAAAAAAGGUAUUUUUCAUAUUAUCAUUGUACAGAUAUAAUAAUUAAAGUCAAGUUUACUGUAGUUUAUACUGGUAAAAAGUAUUUGUAUUGACAUUAUUUUUGUGUUCAUGUAAAUAUAUUUAGUGCUCAAUUUUAUGGACUUAUUUAUUACCAAGAGUCUGUCAUUCAUAAUGAUUUAAAUGAAAUACAGUAUUAAUUGGGAUCGGGAUCUUGGAUUUAUGUAAAUAUGGAUAUCAUUGUUAUUAAACUUUGAAAAAAAGAAAAAGCAAAUGAAUGAGAAUAGUUUUUAUUUGCAUAAGAAUCAAUUGUACAAAAUAUUGUGGACUUGUUUAUUUAUAUAGGUACUUGAAUUUUAUUUUAUAUAAAUGCACAUAGACAUUUUAAUCAAGAUACAUCGUUGGUAAAAUUAUUGUAAAUCAUAAUACAUAAUUUAUUAUAAUUAUUGCUAAUGUUAUUUUAAUUAAAUAUUAUCAUUUGUUCAAUUUUAUUAUGCUAUUUCUGUCCAGAUUGUUUGCAGAAUGCUUCUGCUGUAUAAAAUUCUCCCCUCCCUAAUUUUAUCUGUUCUGGUAUUCUGUUUCAGAUCUUUUAUGUCAUCAAUAAAAAAUGUGUUAAUAGAAUUAAAAUUUUUGAUAAACCUUCUAAAGAAACUUUAUAAAUGUUUUUAAUGCUUUGCAUUUAUUUGCUACUAAGGAAAUUAUUUCAUUGUGAAAUACCAAACAUAGUUGUAUUUAUAAAAUAUUACACUUUGCAACUCUGUAUAGUUUGUAUGCAAGUCUUACUAAGUUUUCAGUAGUAUUUCAAGUUUUUGAGUACUCAGAACUUGUAUUUUUAAAAGUCUCCAUUGUAGAAAGUAUACAUUUUAUGCACCUUUUUUUAAUUCAUAUAAAUUUGUAAAAUCUAGAGUCCAUUGUAGUGAGUAGUAGAUGUAUUGCCUAGUUUCAGUAAUAUGAAAUUCCUUUAGAAAUUCCAUUCCUCAUAGUAUACUACAUAUAUUUCUAUGUAUGAGUCAAGAAUUUUUGGAAUAAACGAUCCAAAAAUUUAGCUUUAGAAAAAUCUAAAGCUAAAUUACAAAGGUUGGCGUUUACAUGGAUCCACUAAUCUUUCAAAAAAACGUAGGUACUUUUCUGUUAGCUGAGCACAAGUGAUAAAUUACUAAAUAUCUCACUUUUUUGUUUCUUAAGUUUAUGAAAAAAAUUAAAUGAGUUAGUUGUAUUUUCAAAAUUGUUUAUAAAGCUGGUUUGUUGCAUUGUUGCCAAAAUGAAAGAUCCAUUUUUGGCAAAAUUUGCACCAGGCCUUCUCAAUGGAGAAAUGCCAAACAAUCAUAUUGUUGUUAAAAUUUUCAGAUAAGAGGAUCACCCAUAGUUUGAAAUUUGCCAUAUAAUAAUUUCUUUUCCAACUCAUCUUUCAGGUAAAUAAAAUGGUACAGAAAAUAAGACUAGCACAGAUACCCCAAACUGUAUACAAGACAAAAAAUGAAUGGGGAAAAUGUGAUAGCUGAAAAUAGGAUUACAAGAGUUAAAACUUCAUUGUUGGCAUCUGGGAUUUUACUUAGUAGCGAUUUGAUUGGAAAAUUUUCCACCUAUUUUACCUACUUGGCAACAUUUUUGCUUUCAUCUAAAUAUGUUUAAAUUUUAAAGGAUUUUCCCCUUUUCAACUUAUAUAUAUGGAUUUUGAAUUUGGGGUAAAUUUUUGAAAUAAAAACGCACUUUUGGCUUUUACAUGGAUUAAUUUAUAUAUUGAAAUGUGUGAUAUUUAUGUGUACCAUUUAAAAACUUUGCAAUAAUCCUUACAUUUACAUCAUGUAACAUUAUUAAUCAUAAUAUUUGAAACAUUACGUAUAUAAAUGCAAAAAAACUCUAAAAUAUAUUGGCUAAAUAACUGUGUGUAAUUUUUCUGAAUAAGAAAUUAUAAACAAUAUAUAACUGCCUUUAUAUGAACUAUUUCUUGGUGUAAAUUUAAAAGUUAUUCAUGUGACAGUAAUUAUUUCUUAAACUGGUUAUAUGGCUGUGUUUAAUUCUGAAUUAAUGCUCUGUUAUUAUUAUUAUUUAAUGUUUACAUGGUUUCAUGUAUUUAUAUAUUAUGAGAAAUUGUAAUUUAAGCAUAUUUGUAUUUCUUUUAAGCUUAUUUCUUGUGUUAACCUCUCAACUCUCCCACAAAGUUGUCAGUUAUUGAUGUCGCACUGAUGAUGAUUUUUCACUAACCUAACACAUUAAAAACAAUAGCUGGUUUAAAAAAAAUGGUACUACACUGAAAAUUACAUAAAACAGCAACAAAAUUUAAAACACAAAAGCAUCCAUAAUGAAACAAUCAAAAUAUCAUAAAACCAUAAUAAAUUUACUAAAUUAAAAAUAUUACAAACAUCCACUUAACUUCCUAUUUUCUUGGUCUUCUGUCUGUAUUCACAGCAGUAUUGCAAAACCAAACUGGCACUGCUUUCCAUGUACGCAUUGACCUGUUUUAAGUUAAAAAGGCAGACUGCCAUAUUUCUGGAAAAGAAAAGAAAAAAAAAAAAAAAAUGCAACGCUUUCAUUUUCAUUAGCAGGCACACGGUAGCGUUAUGAUUCAUUGCGAGGAAAAAAAAUCACAAACAUGACCCUCAGAUAUCAAAGCCACACAAAUUACUACCACCACUACUAAAAUGCUGCUCGCAUAAUGCAUGUGCCAAUAGUGGGUUGCCAGAUAAAUACAUGUACGUAAAAUUAUGGGUUGCUACAUUGUCAACAUAGUAUUUUGCCCAGUGAUUCUUGUCAAAUUGAGGAGAUAAUGUAAUAGUGCCAUUUUAUUUUUUAGCAAUAUUGUACAUUAGAAAUUUGUCUAUGUAAAGGUAGAAUUUUGAAUUAUAUAAUCAUGAAAGUGAAAUAAUUGGGAAAAGUUGUUAAGAAUAAAUAUUUAUGUAAUAUAUAAUGCAUUUGCUAUUAGGUUGAUUUUGCAUUUUCGAGGUAAUUAUUUAUUUCUCUUUCAAGUUUUAAAUCAUUAGAAGUUAGUACAGCAACAUUGUGUUCAAAACACUGAAGAUCUGAAACUUUUUUUUUUGAAAAAUAUUUAUUUUUUGUGUAUUGAUGUUAGUAUGCAAUCUACCACUUUUAGUUAAUUAUUUAUUUCUUAUAUGAUGUUGUUAAAGUGCAGUUUUUAAAUAUGAAAAUAAACAUUAUUAAUUAAGAAGGAACAAAUGAAAAUGAUUUCAAUAAUUAAUUCAGUUAUGUAAUAAACUACUUUCAUUAAAUUUAAAUUGUUUCCAAGUUAACUGAACAAAAGAAAGAUUGGCCCUAAAAGAGCCGUUUUUAUGAGUCAUUCAGCCAUAUACCAUACGCAUGUCAUGCAGCAUGGGCAAAAAAUGAUCUUUGCUUUAAUUAAUGCAUUAUCAGCCAUGCUUCUACAAGAUAAUAUGAAACAUUUACAGAUGUGAUUUACUUUAACUUCAGAAUCUCCCAACAUGAUUCAAUUGUUUGAGCAUUAGUACUAUUUUCAGAACCGACAAAGUUCUUUUAAAAAUUACAGUUUGAUGAUACGAUCACAAAAGCAGUAAGUUGCAUACAACAUCAAUACCAUUAUUUGUUAUCAAGCUAAUUCAAUGAUCAUUUUAACUAAAAUAUAUAAAGGAGAGAAUAUCUUUUAAUAAUAUGAAUGUGGCAAUUUUGAGUCAUAUAUUCGUCUUAUAUAUAGAGAGAGUCUUAUAUAUAUAUAUAAUGUUGUAUGAUCUUAAAUUCGCUUAGUUCGAAAACAAUGCUAAAUAGCAGCUAUUAGCGCUAUUUAUCACUUACUUGAUGCACUCACUCUAUAUAUUAUCUCCAGUUUUAUUUUUAUUUUUAAGUUUAAAAGUUUUUCUACAAAAACUUUUCUUUUUAGAUACUUCUACUAAAAUUAAAAUUAGGAGAUAUAUAAUCAAUAUUUCUUUAGUUAAAAAAUUAUUAUAUAUAUAUGUAAGAAAUUUUAUAUUUAAGUUUUGCUCUUUUGUUUUGUUUCACCCAUUGAUAUGUAUAAGAUCACAAACAGAAGUAUUUAGUUGAAAGAAAAUUUAUUGAUUAAUAUACAUUUCAAGAUAUAAAUUGAGCUCCUUCCCCCCCCCCCCCCUUUUUUUUUUUUUUUUUUUUUUUUUUGAGAGAGAGAGGGAGAGAAAAGAACAUUCUUGAAAUACAGAAUAUUCCAUAAAAAUAGCAUCCCAUCUUUUACAGUUAUGUAUAGUUGAAGAAAAAGACAUGCAUAACUAUUCUUGAAUAGAAAAAUAUGAUUAAAACCAGGUAUAAUAAUUUCUGCAAGUAGUUAUCUUCUUUAUUCAAGUUUCCAUUCUUUUCACACUAUUUUUUGUUUCCCAUUUCCAUAGUUUGUUUAGAUAUCUUUCUAAUUCUUACCAUUGACCUUUAGUUUUUGUAAGUUUUAAGUUUUGCUGCAGCUGUUCUCUUGAAAGUAGCUCAUACAAAAUAUUCAUGUGCAAUAUUCAGUUAAAUUGUACCUACUUGUAAAAAAUUAGUUCAGAGUAUGAAUACAUGCACAUCUAAAAUUGUUAAUCAUUUUCAAAUGCAAGCAGUGCCGGAUUUACGUAUAAGAAAGAAAGAAAAAGAAAAGAAAAGAAAAUGUGACUUAUGUGCCUCAUAAAGUGCCCCAUAUCUCAAAUAGCUUAGCAUCUCGUCAAAUCUAAAUCCAGUCGUGAAGGCAAGGAAAAUAUUAGUCACAUUGAAUGACCAAAUGUUAAAUGAGUUGAUUUCAGCAAGAGGUAGGGAUGCUCUUGGAGUUAUUUCAUGAAAUAUUUUACAUUUUAUAUCGGGUUUCUUCAUAUUUAGAGUUUUUAUGUUUAAAUGUUGUCUGCUAAGGUUCCGUAGUAUCAGAUCUAACUAAAAACUUUGCUAAUAAAAAACAAAAUUUGGCUAAGACAAAUUCUAAUUUUUCAAGAACAACUGAGUAUUGUAAGUUUAAUAAAUAUAUAUUCGAAUAUAUUUAAAUAUAAUAUAUUUAAUAUUAAUGUAUAAAUAUAUUUAUAGUCUUACCAUUUACAUUUAAAUUCUUAUCAUUAUGAAAUUUUGAGAAAUACUUUAUUUAGUUUAGCAGUUAAAUUAUAUUUUUAAUCAAAUUUAUUUUCAUCAGCUAGAUAAACGCAUCCCCAAUGGAGGUAGAGGCAGUAUCACUAACUUUGAGAAACACUGGUUUAAAUUUUUUAUAGCUUCUAAAAAGUAACUUGACAAAUUAGAAUUUUGAAAAUAAUUAUUUACGUGAAAUAUUUUGAUUAUUCAUAAAUUUUUUAACUAGUCUUCACUGCACACCAAUGGCCAAAUGAUUAAAAUCACUGACAUCUGGCAGUUCCAAUUUGACGAUUUCUGGUGGAAGAAGUUGAUCUUAUGGGUUUCUCAAUCCAUAUAAUUGUAAAUUAUCAUCAGCGUCUUAGGACACUCAUUUUAAAAUUUUGAGUAAAAAGUAUAAUUACUGCUGACUUUGUUUCAUGUUACCUACCUAUUCUUUGGCUUCCAGCUAAAAUAUUUUUGAUGUAAAUGUAAGAUUAUAAAUUAAAACUAGAAUGUAUGUUGCAUUUGAUACUAAAGGUAUGAUGAAGUAUGGAAAUAAUAUAGUGCAAUUUGCAUUUAUGCAGCUCCUGUAUGGUUGUCAAAUUUGAUAUUUUAUUUGCAUUUUAAAAGAGCAGAAGUAUAACAUACAGUCAUUUAAAUGUCAUUAGAUGAAUUGUGUAUUCUUUCUGUGAAAUGUUUUAACAUUCCAAUAAAUAUUUAUUGUAUUUUAAA